CGCAGGUUAUUUUCUUUUGAGAGAAACCCUCCUGCAGAUCAACUUUCUCUAGGCUACUUAAACUAUGAGACAUCGCCCAAACAUGAACAAAGCAACGAUUAUUCAUACUUUAGUCUUGUUCUUACAUCUCCAGCAGUCGCGUUGUGAUGUUCAAUCUUUCAGUUUAUAUUUCCUUCGCUCUGAAGGCCUCAGUCUUCCCCGUUACACACAGAGUGUCACUGUGAAUGAUGUGACCCUAUAUUCCUUUGACAGCAACAUGAAGUCGACAGGUCCAUGUCCCGAAUGGCUCAACACUACAGCUGGUCAGCAACUCUGGAAAGAGGCCAGUUUUUUAUUUCACCGCAACAUGGCAAAUAUGGAUUUAGCACUCCAAACAGCUAUGUCACAGUUCAACCUCACAGGUUCACAUGCGGACAUUAACGUUUACCAAGCCUACAGUCGCUGUGACCUCUAUCCAGAUGGCACCACCAAGUCAUCGUUAACCCAUGCCUUCAAUGGGAAGGACUUCUUAAGUUUAGAUAUGGACAGUAAGAUGUUCAUCGCUUCUGUUCCUCAAGCCCUCAUAUAUAAAAGUGUUAGGGAGAAGGAUAAAAUCUGGCUUGAAACCGUGGUGUCUUACUACAAAAAACGCUGUUUUGACCACCUUAGGAUGUUUUUAGAGCUUGCUCCUGGUGUCAGAAAUAAGAAAGUUCCAGAGGUCAGGCUUUUCGAGAGGCAGGGCGCUGGUUUCACGCUCCUCACGUGUCAAGUGACUGGGUUUUACCCCAGAGCAGUGCAGGUGAAGUGGAUUGGGGCAGAUUUACAGCUGGUGGAUGACGAGAUGAAUCAUGUGCUGCCUAAUGGUGACGGCACGUUUCAGACCAGAAGCAGUGUGAUCAGACCUGAGGAGAACACAGGAGAUCAGCGCUACAGCUGUGUAGUGCAUCACAGCAGCCUAGAGGGGAAUAUUACAGUCACCUGGGGUAAAGAAGAGACACGCUUCACGCUUUAUGUUUGGAUUACACUAGGCUGCGUUUUCAUCGUCACUGUAGUCGGGCUUGUAAUCCGAUGCAUCUUAAAAAGUAAAGAUGCUGGGAUUUGAAGUUACCUCUCAUGUGAAGAUGUAUUCAGUUUCUCAGUUUCAGUCAUUCAGAACAUUCUUGUUUGACAUCAUUACAGUUUAAACAUCCUUCUUCUACCUCCGAUACCUCAGGCUCAGUCAGAGCACAGUGUUAUCAGACCUGCAUGUUCUCGCAGAAUCAGUUGAUUAUAUAGUUUUGAUUCGUCACCUUUUUGACCUCAGAGUUCCUCACAGAACCGAGUACACAGUUAUACGCAAUGUUGCACGCCACAUUUAAAAAUGAGCAAAGCUGCUAAUGCUAAUGCCUGUUUGUUUUUGAGUGAUUGAGGUUUGAAUUAAGCCCAUUCCAUUUAAGUGACCAGUCAAACAGACUAACUAUCAGAACUAAAUAGUGCAUAUAAUACAUUUUGAUAAUGAAGGGUUGUAAUGGUUGUAAUUCAAAACACGAGUAACAGCAACAAGCAGUGCAAGAGAAAACUUCAUGUGUACGCACCAUUUCCUCUGAUACUGUCAUGUUUCUAUAAGUGUGUCAUCAGAGGAGGAAGUGCACAUGCAGAAAACCAAACGCUCCUGAAGAUAAACUUUCUCUACUUAAACUAUGAAGAAAUCGCCUGAACAUGAACAAAGCGACGAUUAUUUAUACUUUCGUCUUUUUCUUACAUCUCCAGCAGUCGCGUUGUGGUCAGUGCUGGUUUUGUGGAGACUUUAUUUAUUUAUUUAUCUUACUUAUUAUUAAAUUGAUUGGGCAUUUCUGCAUUAAGAGACAGGCGGUGCAAUAAUACACACGCAGGGAUGUGCCAUGCAAUGGCAUGGGUCACUGUUUAUUAUUUUCUUUCAGUAACCUAUGUACUUUAGACUGUCCUCGUGUUCUUUUCUUUCCCUUUGUUUACUAUAUUAAAUACUUUUAGGUGUGAACGCUGAAAACAAAAGGCGUAUGGUUGUUGUUGUUGUUGUUGUUGUUGUUCUUAUAAAUCUAACCAUGAAUACAUUUUAAAA